CUCGACUCGACUCGGCCAAAAACGGGACUUAUAAACGCAUAAAAAAGCCAUUCGAUUCAAUUGAAGAUGGGCACGCGAUGCAAUAACCAACAAAACAAUUAACAAGCUGCGAAUAUUCAUUAAGUGGCUAACGCUGCGUAUACGCAAUACGCGUUUCAGUGACGUAUACGUAAUUCCAGUGGACAAUUGGUGAUACAAAAGUGUGUGCUCGAAUGUGAAAUUGUUCAACAUUGUUUCGGUUCAUUAUUUCUGCCAUUGACAUUGACAUUGUCAUUGCCGCCUUCUCUCUCCGUGGGGCUGCCGCCCCGCUGCAGUUCCGCUUGAGGAGGAGGAGUAGGAGGAGGAAGAGCAGGAGGGCUCGUUCCCAGAUUGCCAGCGAUAAGAGCGACAGAGGGGAAACUUUGAAGAGCGUGGAUUUUUGGCCAGAAUGCUGACGAGCACUACAAACCGCUAGGAACCCGCAGCACAAGGAGACAGAAAAGUUUUCAACGACUGGAAGUUGCCCUAAGAGUUUGCGGCUCUCCACAACGCGCUUGAAUGGAGUUCGACAAUGGCUUGCUGUGGCAGAGCCAGCGGGUGGCGGUGCCCGGUGGCAGCGAGCUCAGUGACGAGCGACUCUACUACAUAGCCCCGCAGCAGCCCCUGCUGCGCAACAUGGCGGAGGAUGACUACCCGGACGGCUCCAUCUCACUGACAGACUCAGCCUCGCUUUUGUACAAUGCCACAGCCGGCUCUGGGGAGCUGGAGGUGCGCGAUGCGGAGGCGGUCUACAGUUAUGCAUCAACGACCACGCUCAAUGGCCUGGACUUUGAGCGCUUCAAUGUCACGGUCCUAAUGAACUUCAGCUGCGAGGAAACGGACUCCUCGUCGGAUGACGUCUGGUCCAGCGUCUACUUUAAGAGCACCGUCUACCUGCUGUACAUUCCCAUCUUUAUUUUCGCACUGAUCGGCAACGGCACCGUCUGCUACAUUGUCCAGUCCACGCCGCGCAUGCGCACCGUCACCAAUUACUUUAUCGCCAAUCUGGCGCUCGGCGACAUCCUGAUGUCCCUGUUCUGCGUGCCCUCCUCCUUCAUCUCGCUGUUCAUCCUCAACUACUGGCCCUUUGGCAUUGUGCUCUGUCACUUUGUCAACUACUCGCAGGCGGUCUCUGUGCUAGUCAGCGCCUACACUUUGGUGGCCAUCAGCAUUGAUCGAUACAUAGCCAUCAUGUGGCCCCUCAGGCCACGCAUCACAAAGCGUUAUGCUAAAUUUAUCAUUGGCGGUGUUUGGUUUAUUGCACUUGCCACCGCGUUUCCCAUACCCGUCGUCUCCCGCCUCGUUCUGCCCUCGUCGGCGUGGCACGAGAAAUGCGAGAAAUACAUCUGCCGCGAGAUGUGGCCGUCCAGCGAUCAGGAGUACUACUACACACUGGCCCUCUUCACGCUGCAGUUCGUCGUGCCGCUGCUGGUGCUCAUUUUCACCUACACACGCAUCGCCAUCGCCGUGUGGGGCAAGCGGCCGCCUGGGGAGGCGGAGAACUCGCGGGACCAGCGCAUGGCGCGCUCCAAGCGCAAGAUGAUUAAGAUGAUGCUGACGGUUGUGAUUGUGUUCACCAUCUGCUGGCUGCCCUUCAACAUUCUGCAGCUUCUGCUCAACGACGAGGAGUUUGGAAAGUGGAAGCCGCUGCCCUAUGUGUGGCUGGCCUUCCACUGGCUGGCCAUGUCGCACAGCUGCUACAAUCCGAUCAUCUACUGCUAUAUGAAUGCGAGGUUCCGCGGUGGCUUCCUGCAGAUAAUGUAUCGCGUGCCCGGCCUGCGUCGCUGCUGCUGUCUGCAUCGGUAUCUGCGCAGCCGCGGCGAACGCAGCUACGAAGCAACCGGAACCGAAGAGGCCUUCCACCUGCAUCGUGUGAACACCUGCACCACAUACAUCAGCACAAGGCGAAAGCUACGAGCGAAUUCUAUGCAAGCGAGCCAAUUUUCAUGUGCAGAGACCACAGUUUUGCGGUAGCUGCCACACCCGAGGCACGGCGACUACCGGCUGCACGAGAGUUUCAUGUGAACGGCAGGAACUGCACGGAGUUCUAAAUGGAAGAUGGA